AUGAGCCUUUCCGUGAAUUUCAGUGUUCAUUCUAAAGCACUUUUAUCUUCAUAUCAAGCUGUUCUUAAUGGUGACAAAGAUACAGAAUGGGUAGUUUAUGGGUAUGAUAAAGGAGGCAAUGAUUUGAAGGUUUUAGAAAAAGGAGCUGGAGGGCUUGAAGAAUUGGUAGAAGAGUUUAACGAUGGAAGAAUUCAAUACGCCUUUGUUAGAGUGAUAGAUCCCAAUACGGAGUUACCAAAGUUUGUUCUUAUAGGCUGGGGGUAUCACCUUCAAAUCAAUGCUAGAUCAGAGGCUGAUGUUGAUCCAGACUAUAUAAUGAAACGUAUAAGUGAAAGUGGGGGUUCCAAGUACUCCAUUAACGUUAAUAAGGAACGAGCAAUGAAGGAAGAACCUAUUUUACCUGUUAAUUCCGUAUAUGAACGUGUAAAAAUUCCGGAUAUCACUGCACAACGACAAUCUUCUUCUCGUGAACAAAUCAAGCCUGUCAGUUCUGUGUAUCAGCCGGUUCAACUCCCAAAACCCAAACCUCUAGGUAAAUUUUCAACGUGGACAGAACGUGCUGAAAAUUCAACACCAUCUGGACCAUCUCCAGCAGAGUUAAAAGCACGUCGAGAACGUGAGCGUGCCGAGAAGGAAGAACGCGAGAGAAUAGAAAGCGAAGAGAAAGCGAGAAAAGAUCGUGAAGAGAAGGCUAGACAAUUGCGUGAAGAGAAAGAGAAAAAAGAGCGUCAAGAGAAAGAGAGGAAAAUGUUUGAGGAGGAAGAGAGAAAAGGGAGUGAAGAGAAGGAGAGGAAACGUAUAGAGAAAGAAGAACGUGAGAAAAUAGAGCGCGAAGAAAGAGAGCGUUUAGAAGCAGAACGGUUAGAGACAGAAUUGAAAAAACUAGAAAUUGAAGAGGCUGAACGUAGAGAGCAAGAUGAACGGGAAGAAAUGGACAGAAUUGAACAUGAAAAAGAAUUGCAAAGACAACGGGAAACGGAAGAAAGAGAAGAAAGGCAGAGGUUAGAAUAUGAACGCGAACAAGAGCAGCAAGAAGCUGAACGGCUUCUACUUGAACAAGAACAACAGACCGCCGAAGUUUCUGCCGAAUUGGCUGGUGGUAUGACAGCAGUUGUUCAAUUUUCUUAUGAUGCAGCUGAGGAUAAUGAAAUACCAUUAAGAGAGGGAGAGAUUAUUAGAGAUAUUGUUCCAUUAGAUGAAGGAUGGUGGCAAGGGGUAGGUGAAGAUGGAAGAACUGGACUUUUCCCAGCGAACUAUGUUGAGAUCGUUGAGAGCGUUGCAUCCGAACAGCCUAUUGAAGAGACACAAGAAGUUGAAGCUGAACUUGUACAACAAACAGUUGAUUCAUCACAAGGAAAUCAUAUUGCAAAAGCAUUGUUUGAUUAUGGAGCGGGUGAAGAAAAUGAAAUUUCAUUUCAAGAUGGAGCUAUUAUUAAAGAAAUUGAAUUUGUUUCGGAUGAUUGGUGGCAGGGUAAAGCACCCGAUGGAAAAGUUGGUCUAUUCCCAGAAGAACUUCAAGAACCUCCUGUUCCAUUAAAUCCUAUUUCUGAACAGGUCUUACCUCAAUCUAGUAUGUCCGUAACUAGCGUAGUUUCUCAGGUUUCUACUGAAGUUCAACCAAACCAACUUACACGGCAGGUUCAAAAUAACAAAGCUCGUUGUUUCAAGUGUCGGGCUAAAAUCCCCUUAGCUAAGCAAACCAUUAACAAAUGCCGAUGCGAGUACGUUUUCUGUGAUAGCCAUAAAGUACCCGAUAAGCACGACUGCGAUUUUGACUUUGCCAAGAUGGGUAAAGACAUUUUGGCGAAGAACAAUCCAAAGUUGAACGAUGUUCACAAGGGCGGACGUUCUUUCAACAGACUCGACUGA